AUGCGGCGUAGUCCAGAGGUGGGGGUGGCAAGCAUACCGCUUUUCGUCUGGGAAAGUUUCGAGGGUUUAUUGGAAUUUGCUGAUGGACUCCUCUUGUUUGAUGCGCAUAUAGUCGAAGUCAUCCAAGUCAAGGACAUCAGGAGAUCGGCUCUUCCAUUCGACGAAUGUUACGCAGUUCUGCAGAGCCUCGAGGGCGCAAUCAACGCGUACUACAACGAUCCCAACGAAUUCGGUGGCGGCUCUUCGAAACGCGCGGAAGCAGAACGAACAACGCGACUUAAUUCACUCUUUGACAAAUAUAAAGGCCCGACUUCACCGCUAUUCAUCCUGGACUUGGCAGUAAAUCCGGAAGAUGUCGUGUUACUGGCGAUUGCAUAUGAACUCAAAGCCCCAUCAAUGGGAAGAUGGACCCGAUCAGGAUGGCUAGACGGAUGGCGUUCCCUUGGUCAAGACACAAUUGGAGGGAUGCAAACGUCUUUAGCGGCCCUAUCGCAGAAACUCGCUUCAGAUUCCCGAUAUUUCCAGCAGGUGUACAAAUACACAUUCGAUUUCGCGCGUUCUGAGGGGCAACGGAGUCUCGCAAUUGAGGAUGCACAAGGUUUCUGGAGCUUGCUAAUUCCUCAUGGGCUAUCUGGUGGUGCCUUGAGACAUGUUGCAGCUGAAGAUGAGGAGGAUGAAGUAAUGGCUACUGAUGAGGAGGGCUGGCGGCCUGAAUACACAGAGUGGUGGUUUGAGUUCCUCCAAGAAAAGGCAGUGAAAGGCAUUAGCAAGGAUACGUGGUCGAUGUUCCUUGAUUUUAUACAGGCUAUUGAUUCGAAAUUUGAGAAGUACGACGAAACAGCUGCUUGGCCUUCGACGAUUGAUGACUUUGUUGGAUGGGCGCGCGAAAAACGCGCAGCCACUGCCAUUGAGUAG